CGGGAGAAAUGGAUGUAUCCACCUCAAGUCCCCGAGCACUGGCCCACCGCCUCGUGGAAGUUAUUGUUCUGCGUCCAACCCCUUAUGGUGCCACGGACCCAUUACGGGGUGGAAUACAACCCAUACACCUCGCUCUACGACAAUUGGCAUACUAUUGUGGAAACUUAUGCACCGAAGAAGCUGACGUACCCAAGCGACAAGCUCGUCGCAAUCUCAGGGCUCGCUAAGGAGAUUCGUGCAAGGCUGUGCAAGGUGAUCCCACGCCCUCAUCGUUAUUUGGCUGGUCACUGGGACUAUAACUUUAUGGAGUCGCUAUCGUGGCUCGCCGAUGAGGGGCCUACCAGACCGGCUGUCUACAGGGCGCCGUCCUGAUCAUGGGCGUCACGGGACGGGAUAGUCAACAUGCGUGGAAACCGCCCGACCAGGGACCGGACUUACCUGACGCGUUUCCUGUCGGCGGACCUGGAGCUCGAGAAUCCGCGGGACGAGACAGGUCGCAUCAAACACGCGGCUCUCAAGCUCAUUGGUCUGUGCGCUGUACUUCGAGCCGGCAAGAGGAGCCCCUAUUCGAUGGCGCACAAACACGCAUCCUGGCAAGUCAAACGCAUCGAAGGCCUUCGAGGCCAAGUACAUACGCGGACAGACACGUUGUAUGAAGGCGAUCCGACGGAUAUUGAUUUUGACUCAUUGGAUGACAUCUGGAAGACAUCUCUUUUGCUGUGGAUCAGCACAGGACCCAUGGAAGACGAGGAGCUGAUGCAUAAAGGCUGGGGUCUUGUUCUCGUGCGCGCUGGGGCCGGGACCUUCCGCCGGGUCGGCAUCAUGGAGGCGUACUUUGAGAACCAGGAACGCGCGCUGGCGUUCAGCAAGGACUUUGAGCGGAGGCGCGUUGUCGUGGUGUAGACUUGACAGAGAGAGAGAGCUCUACGUACGUCUGCCAAUUUCACGACUAUGGGUCUUUGAGAGCAAGCGGUCUUCGUGAUGUCCCCGUAUCUUCACACUCACCCAGUCGGGGAGCUAGGCUGAGACGAUAGGCAGUCUGCAAAAGGAAACGAGUGGUAAAAUCAAAUCAUUGCCUAUCUGGAG